CUGCCGUGUUUUGGUCGUGGUAACUGUAGGACAGUGGCCGAGUGAUGCGAAAGGCGAGAGGGACACGCUGUGACUGCCGUUUCAUGACGCCAUGCCGGUAAACACCGUAGGAGAAAGCCCCCGGCUGUGAAAUGACGGCACUGGUCGAGGCGAGCAGGGGAAGGAGCCCCUGUAAGUGCUCUCAUACAACGUAAUGAGUUUUCUGGAGCUCUGUUCGGGGGAGGUGUCGACGCCGCUCUGAGACAAGUAUUCUCGUUGGUCCCGGCGGAGACUGAGAACCCUCCCCCUUACUCCCUCCCUGGGGACCCCUUCGCUACAGCACCCCAGGCCAUCUAGUCCAUUUUCUAGUCAGCGAAGAUGUCUUGGCAUAAUCGUUACCUUGUGAUAUACUCGUAAGUGUGGGUGGUGUUGAUGGAAAGGAGGGCUGAGGGCGUUCUGUGUCUCCGAGUGAAAGGACGCAAAAAUGGUGCUGAGUUCGACGCGCGUGUUAUGGUGAACUCAGUCGUGGGAUAUCUCGCGCCGGGAGUGGACGGCCCUCAUUAUGCCCAGUAAGUCUGUUCGGAUUUCGUCGACGCAUAAAACCCGCCGGGGCUUCCACUGCAAGCGUGCCACAGCUCGAGCCAGCAAGUCCGUGUCCUCGUCCAAGCCCCUGCUCUCCUCCGGCCGCCUCCGAAGGCCCUCCGUUCGAUGGCUCGCAGUGGAUGUACCGCCCAAUGAGAGCGCAGACGCCUCCGAAAGCAACUUUAGUCGCCUCCACUUUCUGGCGAACAUUAUACGUGCUCACUCGAAGCAGUACAAGACAGGUGAUCAAAGCAGAGAUACUCUAGUCAUUGGCGGAGAUUUACUGAUCUCAAAGACAAGCGGAUAUCGCAGUGAGAAUCCGCACGCUGGCUCUGUCAGCCAGAGGGAGGGGAAGGAAGUGUCUCCUGGCCGCGUUGUGUCAGAGGCAGACACUAUAACCAUCGAGAAGAUCAACUAUAAGUGCGAGGUCCUGCGCGAGCACAGCAAGAAUUGCAGUUGUUCCACACCACGCCUUCACGUGUACCUGACCACUAGUCACCGCUGUGGUGACACCUGCUCUGUCAACACAGCUGCCAACACUGGUGUUAGUCACCCCAUCCACACCACCACCAAGACUCAAGGAGAGCACCCCGACAACGCGCACGCCCUCUCGAGUGACUCGUCCGACUCGGCUAUGACAGGGAAGUCAAGAGCGAAGACGAAAGCCAGGAAACCCUCCGUGAAAGUGCCUCGGGUUAGGGGAGCGCGUUCGGGCGCCCCCAAGAGCGUGUCCGCCGCAAGCCCCGACAAGGCUGUACUCGCGAGGAAUAGACAGCUGGACGCCGCCAUGACGAGCAUGUCCAGAGCCGAAGAACCGGAGUCCGAGUUGCUGGUCGAGGAGGAGUGUGAUUCCCUGCCCACCAUUAUGAGCACACUCUCGGGGGGCGUCGAGUACAUCGUUCUGGACGACGACGCCCUCAACCUCACCAAAGACGGCGUCACUUCUUCCGACGUUUUGAAGACUAAACUCGAGACAAUCUUAGAGGACAUCGAUGAAAAGCCAGAUAUUCGCGCCUGUGAAGCUCGAACAAUGGUAACCAGGGAAAUGAGGAGCCAGAUGUCGGAGUCGACCAGCUCGAGCACCGUCAGGAGUUUCGCUCGCAUGAUGGACGUGGAGAAGAAGGAGGAGAACGUCGAGGUCAAGAUCGAGUCCUCUGCUGGAAGCAACACCCUGGCCGGAGUCUGCACCAACCGCUGCCCCUCAAUCAAGGACAUUUUCGGCGACGUCAGUAUCAAGGAAGAGCCCCUGGACAUGGGCAGCAAUAAUGACAUGACAAUUGACGACUUCAGUAAAGAAAUCAGCAAGCUCUCGGACUCGAAGAUGAUUCUCCCUGACUGCACUAAGGGCGAAGAGAAGCCUGGCGAAGGCAACAGCGAGAUCUGGAAUAAUGGCAUCUUCGCCGGGCUUAUCAAGGAAGAAACACACCGAGACGAGGUCGAUAUCGAUACCCACGGCUCUGACGACUCCCUUGGGCCGCUGCAGAUCGACGAGGGCGAGCACGACGACUCCCCGAACAAGGACGGCGGCGCCGACCACCAGAUGCCCAGCGUCAACAUCAUAAGCCCUUUCAAAAUCAAAAUUCUGCUGGGCAGCCCGAGGCACGAGGCCCUCCAGGAACAGGCGUCGACGGGCCCUGCUGUCUCUCCCGCGAAGCCCUCCUCAGCCAGGCCGAAGAGGAACGGCACCGCGACCACCAAGCGAGGGAGAAAAUGUCAGAAAAAAAGCGUCAACAAUAUCAAAGACUUGAGUGCCGGGUCUUCGACAGCCUCAGAGGGCUCAGGUAGUUUCGUUAUCAAAAGUUUGAAGUGCGCUUAUUGCCAGGUCGAGAGCCCAGACGUCCAGGCACUCGCCCAGCACUUCGAGGAUCACCAGAAAGAUGGCAUCAUCAUUUGUUAUGUCUGCCAGAAGAGUUUCGCCGAUAGGAAUAGUUUAAAGAGGCACAUGCGCACUCAUACCCGAGUGAACUCCAACUUAUCGACGGCUCCCGAAGGCUCAGGUAGUUUUACAAUUAAGAGUUUAAAGUGUUUCUAUUGCCACGUCGAGAGUCCUGAUAUUCAAGCACUCGCCAAGCAUUUCGAUGAUCACCAGAAAGACGGACUCAUUAUCUGUUACUUUUGUCAAAGAAGCUUCGGUGACAAAACGGGUUUGAAACGGCACAUGCGCACUCACACUGGGGAGAAGCCAUAUCAGUGUAAGAUUUGUGGAAAGAGAUUUAGUCUUCCCGGAAACUUUAAAAAGCACAGAGACAUACACGAGGAUCGUCGGACGGAGCCGUGUGAAAUAUGCGGCAAAACAUUCAGACGCAAAGAACACUUGAAGUACCACAUGCGGACUCACACGGGUGAGAAACCAUACACUUGCAGCGAAUGUGGUACGUCGUUUACCGCCAGGUACUCUCUCCAGAUACAUAUGAACAUUCAUCUAGGGAAAAAGCCAUAUAAGUGUACUUACUGCAGCAAAGCAUUCUCUGAUAAAUCCACCAUGAGAAAGCAUGUGCGGAUCCACACAGGCGAGAAGCCCUUUUCUUGCGAGCAGUGUGGGAGGUGCUUUGGGGAGUCCGGGACCCUCGCAGCCCACAUGGCCACCCACCGAAGCGAAAGGCCCUUUAAGUGCGACAAGUGUCACCUGAGCUUCAAAACUACAGGGGGUCUCAGACAGCACGAGAAGAUCCACACCGGAGAAAAGCAAUUUGCCUGCAAGUUCUGCGGCAUGAAGUUCCUCCAGAAGUAUAACAUGACGAUGCACGAGAGGAUCCACACUGGAGAGAAGCCCUACACCUGCUCCCACUGCGACCGAAGCUUCCGAAGUCGCUCGUGCCUGGCCAAGCACAUCGUCCUGCACGGAGGCGACGAGGAGCGGAGGUACCACUGCGACCACUGCAGCAGCCGAUUCUACCGCAAAGCCCACCUCAGACGCCACAUCGACAUGCACUUGGGCAUCAAAAACUACGAGUGCCACGAAUGCCUGAAGAAGUUCUGCACGAAGGGCACGCUGAAGAGCCACCUCAAGACGUUCCACAGCAACGGCGCCAGGAGGUUCCCGUGCAACUGGUGCGGCCGCGUGUUCAAGAGGAAGAUCUACGUGAGCACGCACGAGUGCCUCAAGUACCCGGUGCGGAAGGGCGAGCAGCAGGACGGGGCCAACGACGAGGCGGACUCCUCCGGCGCGGCGCAGGGCCUCAACGCGUCGCAGUCCGAGCACUCGGGCUUGGACGUGGUGAAGAGCGAGCCCGAGGAGGAGAUGGUGGAGGACGACGACGAUGAUGACGACGACGACGAUGAUGACGACGACGAUGAUUCGGAUUCGGAUGACGACGAGGACGACGACGAGGACGAGGAUGAGGACGAGGAUGGAGACGGGGAGGAGUACGACGACGACAUAAGGAUUGAUAUGGAGGUUGAGGAAGGCGGUAAGGGCCAAAGCCGCCAUAAAAGGUCGUGUGAAGGCGCUGCAUCGUGAUAUGGCAGCAAGGAAGUGAACAUCUAGUCUAUGUGAAUUUUGGUAACUGUCAAUAUACAUAAGGAGUGUUCUCGUGUGUGUGUCUAU